GAAAGCCCUCGUUCCCACAUUCCAUCGCCUUUUAACGAAUACAUUCACGCUCCCCCGGGGCUGGUGGAGGAGGGGGAGCGAUGGAGGGCGUGCAUACAUUAUAGAGCACACGCUGCGCCUGAGCCCGGGAUCGAACGAAGAUCGCGAUCAAGCGCCAUUUGCAUAAGCCAUCAGCUGGUGGUGCUGGUUGGUGGUCUCUAAUUUCUGCUGUUCGGCCUGCGCAGUGGAUGUGACGUUGGGAGCUGGCCGGUACAUAAUUUGCGGCAUUUUAUUAACAACCGUAUCCAUGUCCUAGACCUCAAUCGGCAGAUAAAUGCGUCGUUGUAUGCUGUAUGAACGGAGUAAAGGUCACGGUGUUGAUGUUACAUCAAUCUCAUGUUUUACUGUAAUCGUUAAUCCAACAAUUCUCUCCGUGUCCGUGUCCGUGGUCCAAAGAAUGAAUGAAAUGGCCAUCUGUGUUAUUGUUUAUUAAACCUUUUCUUUAAAAUGUUGAACAUAUUUUUUCGAAAACGCAACACACGUUAGGCGCCAUGUGGAAACGAGCAGCAAGUGUUCAUUUUUCUCGCGAUCCGAGUUCGUUUCUCUCUCGUUCACAAAGUUAGCACAGUAGUUGGCAAAAUAACGCGCACACCCCUUUACGUUUUGCUUUUCUAAAAUAAACCUAUCAUGGUUAUCUAUUAAAUUGGACAUCAGCUUAUAAAAUCCCCAUAAUUGUUGAAGAUCAGAAAUUGUUAGAACAAUAAAAAAAAUGUGCAAAAAAAGUUACGCCUUCCGUUCAAGCUCCCCAGAUUGCUAUACCCGGCGUUCCACUAAAUCGGGAGGACGACACCCCCCGGCGCGGGGGGUGCUGAUGUUUUGAACAACCCUUUAAUGUUGUCAACGUCGUGGUCUGUCGCGUGUUCUUUCUCUCUCUCCGAUUAUCUUGGCUCUCUCCUCGCUCUCUCUCUUCUUUUUAAUCGGGAUGAAUGCCGACGCACCUUCGGACGCAUUCGUGGGACAAGUCACAAGAGCACGCACGUAAAUUUGUAACUUUUUUUUGCUGCUCAAUCUUCCCUGAGCGGUCUAUCGAAACGGUUCGGUGUGUAGAGUGGUCGUGGCAGGGGUUUGUGUGCUGUCGACGACAGUAAAUAAGGAUUAGCUACUAUCCUUUUCAUCGUACAGUGAUAUCUCCACCAAUUAGCUUAACUCGCGUGUCUGUGGUUCCGCGUGGAUUGGAGUGUGCUAAUUCGGUUCGCUCAACGUGUGAGCGAGUUCGAGGCCCAUUCGGGGUGCGUUUGUUGGUGACGACGCAAAAAACAAAUCGUGGAAUGUUAUGUUUACGAGUGGUUAGAAUAAUUUAUCACUAGAACUAAUAACCGCAUUCUACACACAUACGCGGCACCACAAUUCGCCACAACAUCGUCAAUCCAUCGCCGAGAGAACAACGGAAACAACAACCGCAACCACGGGCCAACGACGACGACGACGACGACGACGAUAACAAAUGUACGACGCCAGCGCCAGCGUGUGGCCGUGUUCCGUGAGGUGCCUAAACCUACGAGUGGCAUUUCGAGUAAUAGAGUGUGAAGAAGCAAGCCAAGAGACAGCGAGACAGUGAGUGUGACGCCGAAACGAUUGCCGAAAAACAAGUGGAGCAGCAGCAGAAGCAGCAGCCGCUCAAGGUGUGAAGUGAAGUGACACAAGAAUGCGAAAAAGAGAGUGGAUAAAGCAACUCAACAUAUUUCCUCCCAAAAUGGUGCGUGUCGGUUUCUGCUCGUCCUCGGUGGGACUGGCUCUGUUGCUGGUGACCGCGUACGGUGUCGUUCUGGGAACGGGAUACGAACGGCCUCAACUGUACCCCCAAAACUACUCCGAGCAGUUCCAGUUCGAGUGUUUUCCUGCGUCCGAUAAAGUUAAUCUGACACGCCGCUUCACGACGGCGAAAGGGAACGACUCGAUCGCCAUCCAGGUGUCGCGCCGCUUCUCACAUCAGAUGGUGUCGCGCAUCUUCGCGAUCUUCUUGCGCGAGGUGGUGGGCUACCAGAACGUGAAGCUGGUCGAGUACCCGGAAACGGCCCGCCUGACGGAUGAAGAAACCGAACGCAUACGUCAGUUUCUACUACUGGAUCACCUCUCAAAUGCUGGUGAUGAAUGGCCGGUUCCAACGAUCGAUCUGGAAGUAUGGCUUCUGUCGGACUACAAUAUGAUUCCGACGGCAGUGCAGGAAGCGGGAGCGAUUACGCAUCCGGGCCGGUUUGGGCUCUUCAUCCCGAAGUCGCUGGUCCGGAAGGAAGAGAAAUAUCCAAAAGUGCUACCGUACACCCUGUUCCAGCACGAUCCGAACCAGCCACAAAUCCACCAAGAGUUCAUCAAAAAGUUCGACAUCUCGGAGAGUAUGUUCGAAUCGAUCGUCCGCUAUGCAGAACGGGCGUGCGGUCGCGAUUGCAACGAGCAGGGCAUGUUCGUGCCGGAACAGUGUACGGUGGAGGGUCGCAAAUGUGGGCUAGUGCUAGCGCCCCAC